AUGUCUGUUCAAUCAAAAUUACUCGAAACUGCACUUGAUCCGACGAAACGGAGGAAGGCAUUGAUAUUGAUUGCGGCGAGUGUUGCCUCGAUAAUUGCUGCAACAUAUCUCAAAACUUCAAAAAAACCAUAUAAUCAUGUACCAUAUUCGAAACAUUUCGACGAGAAACCAAAGAAAAAGGCAUUCGAUCCGGUGUUUCUCAGACAACUCAAAGAUUUGCUCAAAAUUAUGGUGCCCAAGUUUUUCAGUCGAGAAGUUGGAAUAAUUGCAAUGCAUUCUCUUGUCCUCAUCACCCGCACAUUUUUGACUAUUUAUGUUGCACAACUCGAAGGAUCCAUGGUUCAGGCAAUUGUUGAAAAGAAUGUGAUCCAAUUUGUUCUUCAUUUACUCAAGUGGAUUCUCGUCGCAAUUCCGGCGACAUUUGUCAACUCGAUGAUCCGAUUCUUCGAGUCUUAUUUGGGAUUGGCAUUCCGAACAAGGCUCACCAAACAUGCCUACAAACAAUAUUUCUCUGACCAAACAUAUUACGCGGUUUCAAAUCUGGAUAGUCGCCUUCAGAAUGCUGAUCAAUGUCUCACUGAAGACAUCACAAUGUUCUCGCAAAGUGUUGCUCAUUUAUAUUCGCAUUUGACAAAACCUGUAUUCGAUCUUGCCCUUAUAACGUUCACAUUGCUCCGAUUGGCAGUCCAAAGAGGCACCGGCAAGAGCACAUUCCUUCCGUCAUUCCUGGCCAUUUUUGCCGUCUCCGCCACGGCGAGAAUUCUCAAAGCGGUUUCGCCAAGAUUCGGUCAUAUGGUAGCUGAGGAAGCACGAAAGAAGGGACAUUUGAGAUAUUUGCACUCGAGAAUUAUCACAAACAGCGAGGAAAUUGCUUUCUAUGGAGGUCAUCAGGCCGAAUAUCAUCAACUCGCAAAUGCAUACAAUUCACUGUAUCGCCAAAUGUUGUUGAUAUUCAAGAAACGAGUUCCCUAUAUUAUGAUUGAACAAUUUCUGAUGAAAUACGUGUGGUCUGGAACGGGAAUGGUCAUGAUUGCAUUGCCAAUUUUGGCGGCUGAAUAUGCCGACGACGAAAAAAAAACAAAACUCAUCGAUCUUCCGGAUAAUGGAGUAUCCGAAAGAACAAAAGGAUUCUCGACAGCCAAAAAUUUGCUAACGAAUUCGGCGGACGCUGUCGAGCGCCUUAUGACGAGCUACAAGGAGAUCACUGAGCUGGCGGGUUAUACGGGACGAGUUCACGAAAUGUUCAAAGUGUUCGAGGACACGAAAAAGAAAAUUUAUCAACGGGCGACACUCGCCGAAGUCGAUGGAAAACGUCGGGGAGAAAGAUUCGACACAACCCAAAUUAAAGGAACUGUCAUUGAAUCGAAAGACAGUAUAAUUUGCCUUAGCGAUGUACCCAUUGUGACACCAAACGGUGACGUUGUUGUCAAAUACAUGUCGAUUACGAUAAUUCCGGGAAUGCAUUUGCUGAUAACCGGUCCCAAUGGCUGCGGCAAGAGUUCAUUGUUCAGAAUCCUCGGAGGACUUUGGCCUGUUUACAGUGGAACUCUGGAGAGACCAAAACGACACGAAAUGUACUAUAUUCCACAACGGCCGUAUAUGACGCUGGGAACACUUCGAGACCAAAUGAUCUAUCCGGAUAAUACGGACCAGAUGAGGAGGAAAGGUGUCACUGAUAGGGAUUUGCAAAAUAUUUUGAGAAUUGUUCACCUCGAACAUAUUGUUGAAAGAGAAGGAGGUUGGGAUGCGAAAAACGAUUGGAUGGAUGUUCUAUCGGGCGGAGAGAAGCAGCGAAUGGGAAUGGCACGGGUGUUCUAUCACAAACCCAACUAUGCACUUCUUGAUGAAUGCACUUCUGCAGUCUCGAUUGAUGUUGAGGGUAGUAUCUACCAGGCAAUCAAGGACGCUGGAAUUACUCUUCUCACGGUUACCCAUCGUCCAAGUCUCUGGAAGUUCCACACUCAUCUGCUCAAAUAUGAUGGAGAAGGUCGAUAUGAGCUGACUAAAUUCGAUGAAUCUGACAUUGGACAAAGACUGAGCUAUUCUGACGAGAAGAAGCAGCUGGAGGAGAAAUUGAAGGACGUUUCGCAGUGGAAGGAAAGACUUCAAGAAUUGUGUCAGCUUCUCGGCGAAGACCGAAACGGGGACCUCUCGAUGGAUACCGAUGAGAGCGGAGAUGUCGACAAUUAA